CUGGUUUGUCCCAUCCGUGCCUUGGGCAACUUCUUGGCUCUGCGUGGCUCUUCUGAGGGUCCUCUCUUUACUUUUAGUGACGGUCGCCCUCUUACUCGUAAACAGUUGUCAUCUACAGUUCAGUCUAUCUUGCACUCAGCUGGCUAUACUGGCUCCUAUUCAGGCCAUAGCUUCUGUAUUGGGGCAGCAACUACAGCUGCUGCUCGGGGAGUUCCGGAUCAUCUGAUCAAGACCCUAGGCCGGUGGUCUAGUGAUGCCUACCAGAUUUAUAUUCGCACUCCAGUUAGCUCCAUCGUCCACGUAUCCAGACAGCUGGCUGCAUAGCAGGUAUCUCUACUACCUUUGGGGCUGCCGUGGGGGUGGGUGCCUCAGGGUUGGGCCCUCGGGGCCUGGGGCUCUGCAGCCCCGAGCCCCCUUGCUCCGGGUUUCCUACCCGGAGGUCCCUUCGGCUUAGCGCGGGGGGGCUCGUGGCUGGGUUGCGGGUUGGUAGGCCUGUGGGUGUUCUUCUGCCUUGGGGUGUAUUGCGGUUGCAGCCCCCUGGCCCAUGGGCACCCAACCUCCACUUGCGACGCAGGCGUUAAAUACUAUUAAAUCAUAUUUAAUGUAGUUAACGACUAGGAGCUAUGGUCCCGGGUGUUUUGGGCAUUCUUUGGUAGCGCAUUGGUCGUCCGUAGCGUUGUGCGUGACUAUGUUUACGUUUGUAGCGUUUACCAUUGUUCGUGAGCAUGGGGGCAGUUUCCUGUCCAGCGGUAUGUCGCUUUGGCGCAUGCGGAGGCCACGUGCCUACGUUGUGUUUGCGUUGUACUCAAAGCUUUCUUGGCGUGGCGUGGCGUUCCAGUAGCGUAGCGUUUCUCUUGGUUCCCCUCCCUCCCUCCGCUUUCUUUCUUAUUUAUUUAUUUAUUUAUUUAUUCUUUCAGGGGUUGGUUCAUUUUACUUCCACUGGGCAUCUGGCCUCAGUGUGACGGGUGCUAUAGUGGGGGACUGGGCGCGGGGGGGCUCGUGGCUGGGUUGCGGGUUGGUAGGCCUGUGGGUGUUCUUCUGCCUUGGGGUGUAUUGCGGUUGCAGUCCCCUGGCCCAUAGGCACCCAACCUCCACUUGCGACGCAGGCGUUAAUUAUAAUUAUUAUUAAAUGAGUUUUUAUUUUUAUUAUUAUGAAAUGAGAUUUUUUAAUUGAAAUGAACAGGAGCUUAUGAAAUGAAAUGACUUGUAAAUAGGUUUAAUAAUUAGUUUUGUUAUCAAUAAAAGCUUAAUGACCUUCCAAAGUCUUCGACCUCUUUUUCUACCAGAUUAUAUGCAGACGAUACAUCUCUAACAGCUUCUGGAAGUGAUCUUGACAGUUUAUUGCGUGAAAUCAACAAUCAUUUACCAGCUGUCUACGAAUGGUUAUGCAGUGAUAAAUUGACCUUAAAUUUGACAAAAACUAAGUUUCUUAUCUUUAUGCCUCGUCAAAAGGAAAGCUACAAUCUUUAUCCACCACUAACCGUAGCAAAUGUUCAUCUAGAGAAGUCCUUUUUUGUAAAAUAUCUUGGUGUGUAUAUUGAUUGUCACCUUACUUGGCAUGACCAUAUUGAUUACAUAUGUGGCAAAAUUAGCCAAAAAUAUAAAUAUAAUGGUUAAGUUGAAGCAUUAUGUAUCAAAAGCAACACUUAUUAGUGUGUAUUAUUCUCUUAUUUAUCCUUACCUUACUUAUGCUUGUACACUUUGGGGAAAUAAUUAUAACGCUCCAUUGUCUCAAAUCGUAAAGUUACAAAACAAAGCGGUUCGUGUUAUAAAUGAUGUUCCUUUAAUGGAAUCAAUAACUCCACACUACACAUCCUUAGGCCUUCUGAAAUUUCCUGAUAUUGUUAAACUGAACACA